AUGGCCAAUAACCAGAAGUUUGAGGCAUUUGAACCCACAUCGGAGGACUGGGACGCAUACCUUGCCCAGUUCGAAUUUCAUCUCGAAGCCAACGACAUAACCGAAGAAGCGAAAAAGAGGGCGACCCUGCUGAGUUCCUGUGGGAAGGGAACCUUCGACAGUGCCAGGUCGUUGGUAGCUCCGGCCGACAUAAAGGCAGUGUCGUUUGCAGAUCUGACGAAGAAACUGAAGAACCAUUUUUCGCCUCAGCCAUCCGAGAUUGCCUGCAGGCACGCCUUCUACAAACAAAGCCAGGCAGCCGGUGAGACCAUCGCUGAAUUUGUGGUGGCCUUGCGCAAGGCAGCGCGGCUGUGUAAUUUUGCUAACGUGGAGGAGGCCCUCAGAGACCGUCUUGUGUGCAUCCUUCGAGAUGAGCGGCUACAGCAAAAAUUAUUCGCACGUACUACCCUCACCUGGGCAGUAGCUUAUGAGGAGGCUGUCGCAGCAGAAGCAGCCGACAAAUCAACAAGGGAGGUUCGGCAGCGACUGACGUUACCCAAGCAACGCGUCCAUUGCCAACAUCAUGACAGCGAGGGCGAUGAUGCGGAGGAUGACGUCAACGAAAUAAAGGCGGGAGCGGAGAAGCGGACCCCAACAAAGCCUGCAGCAAUCAAGACAUGUUCCGGUUGUGGCGGGAAACAUCACCGCAACCAGUGCUGGGCCCGGGACAUUGAGUACUUAAAUGACCAACAAGCAGAACGCACAGAUACCCAAACGAACAUGCGCAUAUUGGAAGCUGGGGACAAAGUGUUUGCCAGAAACUAUGCUAUGGGGCACUCAUGGAUCCCGGGGGUGGUGCGCAAGAACGUUGGCACCCGAAUGUAUGUCAUAGAGCUGGCUGAUGGUAGGACAUGGAGGCGCCAUAUCGAUCAGCUGAGACAGAGAUGGGCUAAGGACAGUGCUGACUCUCCAGCAGCCGAGUUCCCCAACCUUGUGUACAGUCCUCCUGAUACGGAGGCGAACUAUAUCACCACGGAGGAGAAGAAGCGGGCUACCCUCCUGAGCUCUUGUGGCAAGAGCGUAUUCGAUAUCGCCAGGUCCCUGGUGGCACCAGUGGACAUAAAGACCGUGACAUUCAAAGAGCUGACGGACAAAUAGAAGGCACACUUCUCCCCGCAGCCGUCGGAGAUCGCAAGCCAGCACGCCUUCUUCAAAAGAAGCCAAGCGCCAACCGAAACCGUGGCUGAGUAUGUAGCGGCUCUACGUAAAGCUGCCAGACCCUGCAACUUUACCGAUGUGGAAGAGGCCCUACGAGACCGGCUGAUCAACGUGACCAUCCACCUCGACGGCGUUCCAUGCAGCAUGGAGGUCGACUCUGGAUCGUCAGUGACCGUGUUGUCUUCCCAAUCGUGGCAGCAGCUGUUCCCCACCCGGAGUCGUCGUCGGCUGCAACCAGCGGACACCGAAGUGUCCGACUUUCAGGGCAAGCGUAUACCUCUGGCGGGGAGGGAUACGUUUGAAGUUGAAUUUAAGGGGAAACGUGCUAAACUUUCCUUAUUGGUUGCUGAGGGGAACAGAGUCAAUUUAUUGGGGCUGGAUUGGUUUGAACCACUUGGUAUUGCUAUUACUGGUAUUAAUAGUGUGACAAAAAAUAAAUGGUCUGUACUGUACAGUGAGUUUACAGAUGUGUUUGGGGGUCGUCUGGGAAAAUAUACAGGCCCCCCAGUGUCUUUUCAGCUUGAUCCUGCGGUGAGGCCAGUCCGCCUCAAAUAUAGGAAGGUUCCUAUUCCGCUGAAACCGAGGAUCGAAGCUGAGCUGGACAAGCUCAUAGAGCAGGGUGUUUUAGAGCCGGUCCCAUUCAGCAAGUGGGAAACACCCAUUGUGACCCCCGUGAAACCGGACGGAUCGGUGCGUAUCUGUGCUGACUAUAAAUGCACAAUUAAUCGGGCAUUACAGCAGCACUCAUACCCCGUGCCGGUGAUUAGCCAUGUCUUGGCAUCGUUGGGGGGGGGAAAGGUUUUUGCGAAAUUUGACCUUGCCCAGGCGUACCAGCAGUUCCCGGUGAUCAAGGACGCUGCUGAAGCCCAGACAAUUGUAACCCACCAAGGAGCUUUCCGAGUAAAUAGGCUCCACUUUGGAGUAAAUGUGGCCCCAGGGAUCUUCCAGGGUCUUAUGGAAGGGUUGCUGAGGGGGGUACCGGGGACGGUCCCUUAUUUUGACGAUGUGCUCAUUGCUUGGGGAUCCGAUGAGGAACUUAUGCACCGAGUCAGAGAGGUGCUCAAGCGCUUCAGUAAAGCAGGGUUGAAGGUCAAACAAUCUAAAUGUCUGAUCGGGGUUGAUAGUGUGGAGUUCCUGGGGUUCAGAGUGGACCAAAGCGGAGUACACCCCACUGAUGAGAAAGUGAGAGCGAUCCAAAAUGCCCCAAGCCCCACAAAUAAAAAAGAGCUGCAGUCAUUCCUCGGGCUGCUCAAUUUUUAUCACACCUUCCUCCCCCACAAGGCGUCAGUGGCAGCACCUUUACAUGCGCUCCUACACAAGGACGCAAAAUGGCGGUGGGGUGCCGAGCAAAAGAGGGCUUUUGACGGGGUAAAAGCGUUGUUAUCGUCGAAUGCAGUGUUGACCCAUUACGAUGACCAGAAGUUGUUGGUUCUGGCCGCGGAUGCCUCUCCUUAUGGGGUGGGGGCGGUGCUCAGUCAUGUAAUGGAGGACGGACGGGAGGCCCCCGUCGCGUUUUAUUCGAGGUCGCUGUCAGAAACUGAGAAAAACUAUGCUCAAAUUGACAAAGAGGGAUUGGCGCUGGUAUCAGCGGUUAAGAAAUUCCAUGACUUCUUGUUUGGCAGACAUUUCCUGCUUGUGACAGACCACAAGCCCCUGCUUGGGAUUUUUGCCCCGGACCGGCAACUCCCAAAUAUAAUGUCUGCACGGAUGCUCCGCUGGGCCCUGUUUCUAUCGGCCUAUGACUAUGACCUGGAACACCGGCCGGGCAAGGCCAUCGGACAUGCAGACGCUUUAAGUCGCUGCCCUCUGCCCGGCCAGGACUUAGACCCUGCGCCAACCACCUCAGUGUUGGCCAUCGAGGAACUGCCACAAGCUCCCAUCACCUCCAAGGACAUUGCCGCUGCGUCGGCUAAAGACACUGUAAUUUCGAGAGUUCUUAACUGGGUUUGGAGGGGGUGGCCGAUGGGAGCUAUGGAGCCGGAAUUUCGUGUGUACAAAGUGCGCCAAAACGAGCUGUCAGUUUCAAAGGGCUGUUUACUGUGGGGGAACCGGGUGGUGGUGCCUCACAGUCUUAGACAAAAAGUGCUGAAAUCACUGCAUGAGGGCCAUCCAGGCAUGGUCCACAUGAAGACACUGGCCCGUGGGUAUGUCUGGUGGCCUGGGCUCGAUGCCGAAAUCGAGGAUUGGACAAAUAACUUCGGCCCUGUUCCACCCGGCAUCAAACGGCCAGGCGGAAAGAAUGCAACCGGCCGCAGUCCAGCCGAGAUGCUGAUGGGCCGGAGGCUAGCAACACUAUUAGAUAGGUUGCAUCCGGACCUUAAUGACCUGAAACCUCAACAGCAGAGCGAACAACCUAAGGUCCGGACGUAUGAAAAAG